GGGGUCCUGGAUCGCGCUCGCCGAGCCGGAGUUUGUGUCAGGUGCGGGCUGUGAGUGCGGUGUGAAAGGACCCAUUGCCGCGCAGCCCUCCAGCCCCCAGACCCAAGAUGACUCGCUAUCGUUAAAGUUAAAGAAGCCGCAGGGUUUGCGAAGGUUUUCACUCGCCACUGAGGAAGCCCAAGAGAAAAGGACCAUGAGGACGCUGCCCCUGAGAUGCUGCUGCUGGCUGCUGUCAUUGGCUCUCUGCGCCAUAAGUCGAGGGGAGAAGGCAGGGGCAAACAAUGGAGAUGGCCAGGCUGCAUCCACACCUGUAGGGACCCUGCCUCGCUUCCAGAUUGAGCCAGAGGAUUCCUACAUUGUGAAGAACAACCCCAUCAAGCUGCGCUGCAAAGCCAUGCCUGCCAUGCAGAUCUUCUUCAAGUGCAAUGGAGACUGGGUGCAUCAGGACGAACACAUGCUGGAAGAAGAUGUGGAUGAGCACACAGGGCUGGACGUUCGGGAGGUCCUGAUCAAUGUAUCUCGGCAGCAAGUGGAAGAUUUCCACGGCCCGGAAGAUUACUGGUGCCUCUGCGUGGCAUGGAGUGAGCUGGGGACGACGAAGAGCAGAAAAGCGACGGUCCGGAUAGCAUAUCUGAGGAAAAACUUUGAACAGGAUCCACAGGCAAAAGAGGUACCUCUCGAAGGGAAGAUUAUUCUGCACUGUCGUCCUCCUGAGGGAGUUCCCUCUGCCAAGGUCGAAUGGUUGAAGAACGAAGAGGUGAUUGAUCCUCAGCACGACCCCAAUGUUUAUACCACCGCAGAGCACAGUCUGGUCAUCGAGCAAGCACACCUCUCUGAUUCAGGCAACUACACCUGCAUUGCCUCCAAUGUGGUUGCCAGGCGACGAAGCACUGUCGCCAUGCUGACGGUGUUUGUCAAUGGUGCCUGGUCAACUUGGACUGAAUGGUCACCUUGCAGCAUCCACUGCGGCCGAGGAUGGCAAAAACGAACCCGCACCUGUACCAACCCAGCACCGCUCAACGGGGGAUCCUUUUGCGACGGGACCUCAGUCCAGAAGAUUGUCUGCUCCUCCCUUUGCCCAGUGGACGGAGGCUGGGAACCCUGGAACAGGUGGUCAGCAUGCUCCCCCGAGUGUGAACACCAGAGGGUCCGCGCUUGUGUGGCUCCUGAGCCGAAGUACGGUGGGAAGUUCUGUGAGGGAGUGGGGCAGGAAUCGGAGAACUGUACCGAAGGCUUGUGCGUUCAGAACCAGCCACCAGUGCAGGAGGUGCAACCUCAAAGUAUUGAGACCAACAGUGACGUGGCGUUAUACUCUGGACUUGGGGCAGCAGUGAUCGCAGUCGCUAUGCUUGUGGUGGGCAUCACACUGUACAGGAGAAGUCAAAGUGAAUAUGGUGUUGAUGUUAUUGACUCUUCAGCUCUUACUGGGGGCUUCCAGUCCUUCAACUUCAAGACAGUCAGACAGGGUAAUUCCUUGCUCCUGAACCCAUCGAUGCACCCUGACUUGACAGUGAGCAGGACUUACAGUGGACCCAUCUGUUUCCAGGAACCAAUGGACAAGGACCUCAUGACCCAGUCACCCCUGUUCGACUCUCUGCCAGGGAUCAAGGUUAAAGUACAGAGCUCGUUAAUGGUUUCCCUCGGGGUUGCAGACGGAGUGGAGUAUCAGGGAAGGGUGCCAUCCCGGACUUACCCACGUAACAGCAGGGUUGUUGACAAAAUGCACGCAAGAAGCAAUGCGUCGAGCUCUCAGCAUCUCCCUGCCGCUGUCAUAAGGGCUGAGGACAAGACAAGCAGUAUAUUCGGAUGCCUCGGAGGAUGCCUGGUGGGACCAUCCAAAGGAGUCCGCUUAAUGGUUCCUUUGGGAUCAAUUCCUGAGGGGAACUCAUGGGAAAUGUACAUUGCAGUCAAUCAAGGUGAAACUAGCCUGCAGCCUGAAGGAGCUGAGGUUCUUCUGAGUCCUGAGGUUACCUGUGGACCGCCAGGUUUAGCCUUAUCCAAUCCAGUUGCUCUGACGAUCCCUCACUGUGCGAUGGUGUGUCCAGACCACUGGAGCAUAAAGCUGAAGAGGCAGAUCCUGACAGGAAAAUGGGAGGAAGUGAUGUCGCUUGAAGAUGAGACCACAUCCUGUUACUGCCUGCUGGACCCCCGCUCCUGCCAUAUCCUACUAGAGCAACUUGGAACCUAUGCCCUGGUGGGUGAGGCCCUCACAGGCUGUGCUGAGAAAAGGUUGAAGCUUGCCAUAUUUGGGCAUUUGUCCUGCAGUUCUCUGGAAUACAAUUUCCGAGUGUAUUGCAUGGAUGAUAUUCCAAGUACUCUACAGGAGGUGAUGACAGAAGAGAGGAACCAGGGCGGACACUUGUUGGAUGAGCCCAGGACGAUACAUUUCAAAGCAAACUCAUAUGGCCUUCAAAUCUCCCUACUCGAUGUGCCCCAGUUCUUGUGGAGAGUAAAACCACUGACACUGUUUCAGCAGGAAAUUGCCUUUUCCCAAAUAUGGAGCAGGAAGCAGCAACCCCUGCCAUGUGCCUUCAGAGUGGAAAGAUUCAACUCAGCAACAAGUCAGCUCUCCUGUAAGAUCUGUGUCCGACAGCUCAAAGGUGAUGAGCAGAUCUUUCACGUCAAUACCUCCAUCCUUGAGGGCGAGAGAGAAGCUGUUCACCUCUGCGCACAGGUUGCAAGUGGUGUGGCCAAUUUAACAGGCCCCAAACCGUUUAAGAUCCCAUAUUCCAUCAGACAGAAAAUCUGUUCCACAUUCGACAUUCCCAGUGCGACAGGCAAGGACUGGCGGCUGUUAGCGCAGAAGCUGCACAUUGACAGGAACCUGAGCUACUUUGCAAUAAAGAACAGCCCAGCCAGCACCAUCCUGGAUAUAUGGGAGGCACAGCAUCAAAACGACAGGGACCUUGACUCCUUAGCCAGCGCCCUGGAGGAGAUAGGCAGGAUCCAGUGUCCCAGCUCAACAACACCCGAAGGUGACAGCGACGAAGCAGACUACAACUAUGGCGGAUGAAUGCGACCCUUGCGCGGCCAAGCCCAGCUGCCCAUUGGUUCUGCUCCCCCUGAGCAAGCUCUGCUCAGUCACAAUAUAGGAAAGAUUUCUCAGGAAAUGCUAAUGGUUUACUGUCCAAAUCUUUGGAUGUGUAUGUAAAUAGAAUUUCUUUGUAAAUAUUCCCAAUAGGGGUGCACCAAUUAUAAAUCAUUAGAUGAACCAAUCCUCAGUUUGUUGGCCUGUUGCAAUCAGCGUACAUAUGUCAACUGGUAGGUUCCUCACAGUGUUUCUCUGCCCAGUAUUACUCCAUGGGAAAUCCAGCAGAGAUCUCAUAAGCACAUAAGGUGCUGCUCUCUGUGCCUGCACAGGUGAAUUCAAGUCAAAGCAGCCCACUUGGCUGGCGACCCAUCCACCUUCCUAACUAUUCAACUUCAAAGUCGAGUUUACUGUCAUAUGCACAAGUACAUGUGUGCACAGGUGCAAUGAAAAACUUACUUGCAGCAGCAUCGCAGGCACAUGGCAUCAGAUAGGCAGCAUUCACAAGAAAAACAUAAAUUAAGCAUAAAUUGUACACAAUUUUUACAAGAAAGAACAGAUUUAGAACAAAAAAGAGUCAAUUUUAGUGCAUAGUGGUCAUAGUGUUGUAAGUGAUUAGGGUUGUGCCGGUUGGUUCAAGAACCAAAUGGUUGAAGGGAAGUAGCUGUUCUUGAACCUGGUCGUGUGGGGACUUCAGGCUUCUGUACCUCCUGCCCGAUGGUAGCUGCGAGAAGGUGGCAUGGCCCAGGUGGUGAGGAUCUUUGAUGAUGGAUGUUGCCUUCAUUCUUUCAUCACCAGCCGCAGUGCGUUCCAUCUACAAAAUGCACCACAGUUACUGGCAGAGGCUACUCUGACCACACCUGCCUAAUUCCUGACUUCUACCACCUAGAAGGACCAAAGCACAUGGAGCAGGCUCAUGUGAACACCAAUGCCCCCAUAGGUGCCCUCACACGCAGGCUUGGAAAUGCAUUACCAUUUCUUAAUCAUCACUGGGUCUAAACCCUGGAAACCUCCAAGCAGCAGUACUUUGAGAGUGUGUUUAUACAUGGGCUACAAAAGGGCAGCUCGAUCCCAACUUCACAAGAGCAGGCAGGGUUGGGCAAUAAAUAUUGACCUUGCCAACGAGUCCAUAUCCAGUAUAUAAAUAAUUUUUUACAAAAAUAUGUUACCUUAUUUACUCAGAAUUUACCCAGGAGUGUCUCUUCUCACCAAUCCCUACAAGCCCUAACCUCUUUCCUCUUCAAAGGGAUGAGGAAUAGCCCAUUAAUUCCCAUCAGAAUGAAGCAGCUCUGCAGCUUCCCAAGAAAAUGGAAUCUAUGCUUUACCAACGGAGGACACCCUUCACUACUGGCCUGUAAGAUAAGAUAAGAUAUCUUUAUUAGUCACAUGUACAUCGAAACACACAGUGAAAUGCAUCUUUUGCAUAGAAUGUUCUGGGGGCAGCCCGCAAGUGUCGCCACGCUUCCGGCACCAGCAUAGCAUGCCCACAACUUCCUAACCUGUACAUCUUUGGAAUGUGGGAGGAAACCAGAGCACCCGGAGGAAACCCAUGCAGAUACGGGGAGAACGUACAAACUCCUUACAGACAGCGGCCGGAAUUGAACCCGGGUCGCUGGCGCUGUAAUAGCGUUAUGCUAACCGCUACACUACCGUGCACAUGCUUUGGAAUGAACACACCAAUCAUUGCAAUAACUACGCACCGACACAGCAGACGAAUCUAAAGCCAAAGGCAUGGGUUUAAGGUGAGAAGUAAGAGGCUUAGAGGGGAUUGAGGAAGAAUCUUUUCACCCAAAUGCUGGUCAGAAUCUGGAACACUGCCUGAGGGACGGUGGAAGCAGAGACUGUCACAACAUUUAAGAAGCAUCUAAACAAGCACUUGAAUUGAAAAGGUAUAGAAGGUUACGCACCAAGCACUAGUAAAUGGGAUCAGAAUAAAUCAGGAGUGAUGGACAGAAUGGGCCAUAGGGACUGUUUCUGUUCUGUGUGACUCUGUGACUCUAACCUCAAUCAGUGGUGCCCCUAGGUUGCAUUCAGUUUAUGUUGAAGCAUACUUUUCAGUAAGCCAUUAGCUGAGGCUUUAAAAUAAGUGUUGAAGAUACACAACAGAAUUGUAAAGUCUACUUCCUCCAGGUAUGGUGAACUGUUCUCAGAGCCUGGUGACCUCCUGACCAAGGGUCCACUUAAAAGUCUUUUCACUCUUUCAUUUCACAAUACUGGAAAACAUGUUUAAUACUUGAAGCAUGUUUUUGCACAUGGUUCUGACCUACAAGUUUUGCGACCCAAUUUGUAAUACAUUUUUUUGUUAAACAGUCCCUUCCAUCUGAGACACCGAAGCCAGUAGAACAAGGUGUGAUGCCAGCUUGAACUAAACCAGUCUUAAGGCCUUCACUUUCAUGUCAAGCGCUUGUUUGAUUGGUAGACAAAAUAAUUGUUGCACCUUUAUAAUGAAGUAAAUGUUCCAUUCUCCUCUCGCUCCUGAAUAGUGCUGUACACAUACAUCUGGCGUGAAUGUUCUUGCUGCAUUCUUGAUGGAUUUUGUAAGCUAUUUACUAAUGCCCCCAUUCUGCCAGCAACCAGCAAAGACUGAUUUCUCUUGAAAUCCACAUUUUCCCAAAUUGGUGGAUCCUUGUGUGUUUACUUUUGCGUACAAAUCAUUA